GAUGUUUAAAUUGGAUGCUGAGUUAUCUUCAAUUUGGCACAGAAUUGAAUUCUAAAUUUGUGAAUUUCCAGUGAAAUCAUUUUUCUGGCACCUGUGGCCAUGCAUGUCAAUGGCAAACCUGGAGGCAUAAAUAGCGAUGGGUGAAGCCCUUUAUCCCAUAUUCCCACCCACAUCCAGUGAGCAACCAUGAAGGCCUUCAUCUUCCUUGCUCUCCUGGGAGCCGCUGUUGCUUUCCCCGCUGAUGAUGAUGACAAGAUCGUUGGGGGCUACACCUGCCAAAAGAACUCCGUCCCUUACCAGGUGUCCCUGAAUGCUGGCUACCACUUUUGUGGGGGCUCCCUCAUCAAUAACCAGUGGGUGGUGUCUGCGGCUCACUGCUACAAGUCCCGAAUCCAGGUGCGUCUGGGAGAACACAACAUUGAAGUUGUUGAGGGCGGUGAGCAGUUCAUUAAUUCAGCCAAGAUCAUCCGCCACCCCAAAUACAAUCCCAACACCAUCGAUAAUGACAUCAUGCUGAUUAAACUGAAGUCACCCGCCACCAUGAGCUCUCGUGUCUCCGCUGUCUCUCUGCCAAGAACCUGUGCCAGUGCUGGUACCCAGUGUCUCAUCUCUGGCUGGGGCAACACCCAGAGCGUCGGCUCUAACUACCCUGAGCUCCUGCAGUGCCUGGACGCCCCCAUCCUCUCCGACAGUGCUUGCCGCAAUGCCUACCCAGGCCAGAUCAGCAACAACAUGAUGUGUCUGGGCUUCCUACAGGGUGGAAAGGACUCUUGCCAGGGUGAUUCUGGUGGCCCUGUGGUCUGCAACGGACAGCUCCAGGGCAUUGUCUCCUGGGGCUACGGCUGUGCUAUGAAGGGCAAACCUGGCGUCUACACCAGGGUCUGCAACUACGUGACCUGGAUCAAGGACACCAUUGCUGCCAACUAAGCACGUUUACCCAUCCCUGUUAGACAAUGUCACCUCCUUCCUUUGUCUAAAACCAGUACCUAAAUAAAAACGUUUUCCCUGCACCAAAUAUGUCCAAGAACUAUCUUUAUUUGGCAUUCAUAGACUUUCUCUGGAAACUGCUUUCUGAGUAAUAGAGUGGACAUAGAAUUGAACUAUUCUAUGAGGGUAGAAUUUGAAAGGUUAUUUGGCUGUCUAUUCACCUAAUCAAAAUGAAUCACUGAUUACUCACUGUAUGCCAGACAGUGUAGGACACUGAGGAUAUACAGAUGAAUAAAGUUAGGGGGUCACUGUUACCAUCACAUUUUUAAACUGAUAGUGACACGAACAAAG